CUUUUAAACUUGUUUACAUUUCUAUGUUUAUCUUUCUGUUUGUAGUUUUUUAAAGAAAAAUUUUCUUCUUUCCACUUUUGGGGUUGUUUUCCUAUGUCUAUUUCAUAGGACUCAAAUCUGAAAUGAGGAAUCAGUCAAGAGAGAUGGAGUUCAUUCUCCUAGGACUGACCGAUGACCCACAACUGCAAAUUGUGAUUUUUGUAUUUCUCUUUCUAAAUUAUGUGUUGAGUGUAAUGGGGAACUUAUCCAUCAUCCUCCUUACCUUGCUAGAUCCCCGCCUCAAGACUCCCAUGUAUUUUUUCCUCCGAAAUUUCUCCUUCUUGGAAGCUUCAUUGACAACAGUCUGUAUUCCCAGAUUCCUGAUAAGCAUCGUGACUAAAAACAAAACGAUAUCCUAUGACAGUUGCGCAUCUCAGUUAUUCUUUUUCCUCUUAUUAGAAAUUACAGAAUUUUACCUACUGGCUGCCAUGUCUUUUGACCGUUAUGUAGCAAUCUGCAAACCCCUACAUUACCCAGUGAUUAUGAACAACAAAGUGUGUUACCAACUUCUAUUCAGUUCAUGGACAUCAGGCUUUCUAUUUACAUUUCCACCAUUGGCCUUGGGACUGACAUUGGAAUUCUGUGCUUCCAGAGUAAUUGAUCAUUUCAUGUGUGACAUUUCCCCUGUGCUGCAGCUUUCUUGCACUGACACUCGUUUCCUGGAAUUAUUUUCAUUUGUCUUAGCUAUUUUAACCCUCCUGGUCACACUGCUGUUAGUGAUUCUUUCUUACACAUAUAUUAUCAAGACCAUUCUAAAAAUCCCCUCUGCUCAGAAAAGAACAAAGGCUUUUUCUACUUGUUCUUCUCAUAUAAUUGUGGUCUCCCUUACUUACGGUAGCUGUAUCUUUAAUUACAUAAAACCAACAGCAAAGGAAAGGGUGACUUUAUCCAAAGGUGUAACUGUUAUCUAUACCUCAGUUGCCCCUUUAUUAAACCCUUUCAUUUACACUCUAAGAAACCAGCAAGUGAAACAAGCCUUCAAAGAUAUACUCCAAAAGACUUUCUCUUUUUUCAAAAAAUGAAAAGAAACUUUAAUUUUUAAAUCUUGGAGAAAAAAGUAAAUAGAAAUGUUUACUCAUUUCAUAAAUUAACUUAAUCUGCCCUUCAAUUAGUUAACCUGAUAAUAUUUUAACCAGAGCUUUCAGCACAAUACAUCUAUCCUUUCCUGUUUCUCUUUAUGAUUAGCAUUCCUUUCUGUGCCUCAGCAGGAGUCCUCUCUUUAGUUAACAACACAAAUGUUAAAUUUCAUUUACUUUACAAAACAUGGUACUGACCUCCUCAAAAAAAAAAAAACGUAUUAGAUAUUCAUCAU